GCACAGGCGCCCAGAGCAAGCCAGCGAGCGGCGAGCCGGGGAACCACUGGGCUGAGCCAGCCGAGCAGCCAGCAAGCCGAGCCCGCAGCCGCCCCCCGCUGGCCGGUGUCCCCGCCGCCCUCCCUGACCCAUGGCGCUGAAGCGGAUUCAGAAAGAAUUAAGUGAUCUGCAACGUGAUCCACCUGCUCACUGUUCAGCCGGACCUGUGGGAGAUGACUUGUUCCACUGGCAAGCAACUAUUAUGGGGCCCCCUGAUAGCGCAUAUCAAGGUGGAGUCUUCUUUCUCACUGUACACUUUCCGACAGACUACCCUUUUAAACCACCAAAGAUUGCUUUCACAACAAAAAUUUACCAUCCAAACAUAAACAGUAAUGGAAGUAUUUGUCUUGAUAUCCUGAGGUCACAGUGGUCACCAGCUCUGACUGUAUCAAAAGAUGACCCUUUAGUACCAGAUAUUGCCCAAAUCUAUAAAUCAGACAAAGAAAAAUACAACAGACAUGCAAGAGAAUGGACUCAGAAAUAUGCAAUGUAAAUUCAAAAAAAUUUUUCACAUAUACCAGAGUACUGUAAAAUCUAGGUUUUUUUCAAUAUUAGCAGUAAAUUGAGCACUGUUUACUGUUUCAGUGUACCACGAAACCCUUUGAUUUUUACCCAUUUUAAAUGUGCUUCUGAAGCAAGACAAAACAAACUUCCAAAAAUACCCAUAAGACUGUGAUGAGAGCAUUUAUCAUUUUGUAUGCAUUGAGAAAGACAUUUAUUAUGGUUUUUAAGAUACUUGGACAUCUGCGUCUUCAGCUUACAAGAUCUACAGUGCAGCUGAAAAGCAACCAAAUUAUUUUUUGCUGAAACUAGAUGUUUUUACAUGAGAAAUACUGUACGUGUUGUUUAAGAUGUCAUCAGUUUUAUAAAUCUGUCUUCAGAUUUCAUUCUGUUAGCUCACUUUAUAAUUUGUAUUUUUUUACUGUAUAGACGAAAUAUAUUCUAUUUACCAUGUGCGUCAACUCAUUACAUUUUUCCUGUGAACAGUAUUGAAGAAGCCCAGCAACUGAUAAUUAAAUGAAUUAACUGUUUGUCUCCCUUAUCUUAGGAUAUUCUGUAGAUUGAUCGAAGAUUUCUUAAACAUGAAAUGAUCUUUACACUGUAAUUCUCAGUAUACUGAUUAUGGAGAAACACUUGUUUUGAUUUUGUUAUACUUGACUUAACUUUAUUGCAAUGUGAAUUAAUUGCACUGCUAAGUAGGAAGAUGUGUAACUAUUAUUUGUUGCUAUUCACAUUUGAAUUUUUUUCUGUAUAGGCAAUAUUAUAUUGACACCUUUUACAGAUCUUACUGUAGCUUUUUCCAUAUAAAUAAAAUGCUUUUUCUACUAUUUGUCUUGAUUACUUAUGAGGAAAAAAAAAUUAUAAGGAUCAAAACUGUAUUAAAAUUUUGCAUGAAAUUUAAUUCUAAUUUGUGAGAAUGGAGCCUGUUGUAUUUGGCAUUAAUCACCAUUAAUUGUGUAAAUUUUAUUAUUUUAAGUUAGUGUCUCUUUACUAAAUUGUCACUCUAUAAGACAAUAUACAUUGGUCUCUUGUUAUAGUGGAGAAUUUAGAGUAAAUUCAGGUUAGUCAUGGAUCACAUCUAAGAUGGAUUUACUAUAGUAAUAAAAUGAAUGUAAGGCAGUGUCACACACACUGAAGAAAAGUCUUUAUCGGCCUAAAGAAUAGCUAGAUUAAUUAAAAUGCCCCUCUAGAUGUAACUGACAUAUUUGUUAAAAUUUUGAAAGCUAGAAUUUCUAAAAUAGAAUUCCAGUGCCAUCAUAAUUUGAAUGAGAACAUUCAUUUUUUACUAUAGAAGUCACAAAGAAAAUGCUAAAGUGAUGUGUCUGUUUUUUUAAAUUGUCAGCCAAGUGAUUUAAGUAAACAAGUUGUCAUUACAACUUUUAAAGAAAGCAAGAAAUUUCUAAUGUUUUAACAUGGAAAAAAUUACAUCUCUUUAAUCUUUAGCGUGCUUAUCAAAUUUGAAUGAACGUCAUUUUAAGGACAGUUGUAGCGCUUCUGCUUAUUGGAGUGGUUGUAUAACUGUGCAAGAAUCUGUGAUAGGUGGAGUCAUUAACAAAACAUUUAAAUCUCUUGAGUAUUUUACCAUGGUUCAUUAUUGUUAAAGCACAAAUUAACCUAUUGUUAAAAUAUGCCAUGUGUUUUUAUUAAUGAAUAUAAAAUAAUUUAAAUGGAUUGUGAAAUGGAGGUUUAAGAAAAUGUAGACUUAAAAAAGUAAUAUAAGAGAUGUCUUAAAACAGCCAUAUCAUGAAAAAUAUUACUAGGUAUAUUAUUAUAAGCUACAUUUACCCUGAAUUUGAACACUAAACAUCAUUAGCUUUACAUAUUUAGUAUAUUUUAAUAAUGAGGAAUUUUGUUCCUUGAGUAUCUUUCACUUUUAAACUUUCAUUUGUAUGGCAUUUAUUUUUUAAAGUGUCCUUUUUUUUAAAUUAAAAUCUUUGAAAUUUGCCUACCAUUGUUUGCCUUUGCUUACAUUUGAAUUGUACAGUCUAUUGAGAAGUGAGCACAAGUUCUCAUUAGCUAAAAAUAUUAAAGAGCUCAGUGGUGGUAUAAUGAUCAGUCAGAUCACCAUUUUGGGUAUAUUGUUUUUGCUUAAUUCUAACAAAAAGAAUAUCAGUUACCUUUUAAAACUAAAUUCAAGACCAGGGGCCUUCCUCAUAGAUUAAGCAUGAGUUUAAGGAUCUCCUUGGAGUGAGAGAGGAGCCCUAGUGGCACAGUGGCUAAAGCGCUCAGAUGCUAACCAGAAGGUUGGUGGUUAGAACCAACUAGCUGCUCCUUGGGAGAAAGAUGUGGCAGUCUGCU